AUGAGAAUUGACACUAAGCAUUCUUUGUUCAGCCAUAAAAAGAAGACUAUAUUGUUCACUAGAGACAUGGUGCACAAAAUUUUUAAUGUCCCAUUCGGAUCAAGGGCAGUGAAGCUACUGAAGAGGAACGAACAUUGUGAGCUACGCGACAUAUAUCGAGAAGGCACAAGGGCUCCAAUGAAGAAAUCCAUUUCUGUAAUCAAGAAAGCAUCGGAUAAUGAUGUUGUUACUUUAGAGAGGACUUGGGUUCUUUUAUGCCUUGCUCUCAUGCUAGUUCCUGACACCGGCAACAUGGUCUCGUUGGACUACCUUGCUAGCUUGAAGGACUUGGAUGAACUGAAUGAGUUUGCAUGGGACAAGCAUGUGUUGGCAACUGCGUUGAGGGAGGCGAGGAAUUACCAACUAAAGAGGGAGGCUGGGGCAAGUGGCUUCUGGAUAGGCGGUUGUCUACCUAUGUUCGUGUUAAUUUACAAGGAUUUCCUGGAUGUGCCUCGGUUAUUGAUUAGUGAGGAUACGUUCAACUACUCGCUGCCCAGGGCUUGCUUUGUGUGCAAUGCAGAUUUUGAGCUUGUUAAAGAUUUUGACAGGAACAAGCUCACCCUCGAGAAGGUUGAUUUUGGAAAGCGCAAUCAUCGUCCUUUGUCUCAAACGCCAUAUGCAAUAUUGAAGGCGGACAAGCAAUGUGAGGGUCAGAAUCAACAUCAUCCGGCAAAUAUCACUAAUAGAGCUGACAAAGCCAACACUCAAGUCAGUGUUGAGGGUGAUUUAGGCGCUAAGUUUCGCGUCUCUCUGGAUGAGUGGCUGCAGCCGCUCCCUUCCUGCCAAGAGUUAGAGAUACCUUUGCACUUGAAGCCUAUACAUGAGAAGCACAAAAAUCUCUAUACGGCAGAGUUGAAGAAUGUUGUUACCUCUUUUGGGCAGGUCCUGCAGUCAACUUUCUGCAAGCGGUUGGGUCUCAUGUUGAUGGAAGCGCACUCCAAUGCAGUGUCAAACCAUGAGCACAUGAGUGAAGGUUUUGUCGCCCCAAGAGUCAUUGCAACAAGCAGUGUCGAGCGCACGGGAGCGGUGACUUUUAGCACCCCAACAGCCACUGCAGUAGGCAUUGCUAUCCACUCUUCCAAGUGUCCAUUAUUGGAUCCUGAUUCCCGGGCAGAAGCAGGUGCUGAUGAUCAGAACAAGGCACAACCUGGUGGUGUAGUUGCUGCUCCCAAAGUAGUGGAGACCGGUGCAUUAGGUGAGAAGGUUGGGGUGGAAGCGGAACAGGGGGUGGGUCAAAGCACAAGCGUUGCUAAGCGUUCCAGGGGUGCUGCAUUGCAACAAGGUGAGAGUAGCAAUCAUUCUCAUGGGAAGGAUUGUGUGGAGCAGGAGGAAGUUAUACAUCAGGGCGGAAAGGUGACCCCCAAAGAUGCUUGCAACAUGGAUCCUUCGGGAGCUUCUGAUAAGGUUGAAACACCAGUUCUUUCCCAGGGCACGGUGCAGGCAAUGAUGGUAACUGCCCUGGAGUGGGAAGAUGGCCCAUCUUGUGCUCUUUUCAUGGAGGGGACCGAAUACUAUGAGUGGAUGAAUCAAAAAGUAGACAUACCAGUCAAGCAUGUGCAGACACCAAAUGCUUCUAGCUCUGAUGUGCAAAAUUCAAUCCCAUUAGUGCCAAACUUUGACAACACUCCUCAAGUUGAAAGGCCUAGCAACCUCCCAAUCGCAACAUUUGACACAGCUCCAAAGCUCCCUAGGGCAAACGACAUUCCGGGGCCUGUGUUUGAUGUGUCCCCCAUCUCAUUUAAAAACGCUUCCUCUGAUGGACCUCAAGUAGUAGUGGAUUUGCACGAGACAAUCGAGGCGAAUGUUACGGUCAGGGGUGAGUCAAAUAGUCUUGGUAAACAGUCAAAGAAGAAAAGGGUGGCUCUCUCCCCAGACAAUCUGCCAACGAUGAAUAAGAUUAAUGUUGAUGCACACGGUGAUGCCUUACACCAUCAGUAUGUAAUGACCAGAUACAAGACAAGAAAACCAAAGAAAAAUGAGCUUCUGCCCGACUUCAUUGAAAUAGAUGGCUUCCAUACAUCUCUCAAGAAUUUUCAUGCAUCUCUAAAGCCAAGAGCGGAGAUUGACAAUGAGGUCAUGACCUUAUACCUAAAGACAUUCAACUAUGACCAGUCAGUGAAGAAGAAGCCAAAAAAUUUUGUUUUCUCAGUGUUGAUGAGUUUGAAACUCAGUGCUGAGCCAGAUGUGUUUGAUUCGAAGGUGUGCAAAAAAGAAUUUAAGAAUGCUUGCUUACAAAAUCAUAUUUCAAAAUCUGACCUGCUAUUCUUCAUGGUUGUACACAAAAAGCACUGGGCAGUAGUAGUUGUUAACAUCACCCAAAAGGAGUUCAAUAUCUUUGGCUCCAUCAGGAACUCAGAAGACCUUUUUGAGAUGGUCAGGAUCACUAAGAAUGUGGUCACAAACAUCAAGAGUGCUGCAAUGAGGGAGCCACUUUUUAAGCACAAUCUCGAGUCUUACUCGCUAUUCACCCCACUUGAUUACCCUCAACAAAAAACUCACUAUAACUGUGACUACUAUAGUAUUUUAUACGUGGAGAAUUGGGAUGGCCUUGUUAUGCUGUCAUUUGGCGAGGAUUACAUCCCAAACCUUUGGAAACGCAUUGCGGCAGAUCUAUUGAGACACCCAAGCAACAAGUUGGACCCCGCGCAUCAGCUGAAGCUGCUUCUUCAGCGUUAG